AUGCGUGAACGGGAUAUCCCUUGCACAGCAGUGAGCACCCCCAGUGGUGUGCUCUGGGAGUGGUUAGUGAUGCCACAGGGGCUAAGUAACGCCCCCGCAACGUUUAACAAAUAUCCGGGCUAUGGAUGGAAGAAGGACGUGGAGGCUCACAGAUUCCACUUCCGGGAGGUUCUUACACUUGUGCGAGAGCAUAAGUUGUUCGCGAAACUCAAGAAGUGUAUCUUCGCAGAGAACGAAAUACCACUUCUUGGAUGCAUCGUGGAUAAAAACGGUGUACGCCCUGAUCCGGAAAAGAUCGAGGCGAUUAGCGACUGGCCUGUGCCAGUCGACGUCAAGGGACUUCGAAAGUUCCUUGGCUUCGCGGCGUACUUGCACAAGUACUCGCGCAACUAUGCCGAGAUGACCGCACAUCUCUCUCGUCUGCUAAAGAAAAACGAAAGGUGGUCAUGGAGUGCUGAGUGUCAGCAUUCUUUUGAAGGUAUUAAGAAAAGCUUGGUUCAAUCGCCUGUGUUGGCGAUUGCAGACCAGGACAGACCAUUCCAUGUGGUCUGUGACGCUAGUGAUUUUGCGACCGGCUGCGCGUUAGUGCAGUACGACUCAGACGGCGUUGAGCGCGUCGGCUGUUAUCAAUCGCGUCAGAUGCAAGCGGAUGAGCGAAAUUAUCCGGUUCAUGACAAGGAACUCCUUGCCAUGAAAUGUACACUGGCCAAGUUUCGGGUGUAUCUCUUAGGAGAUAGGCCCUUCAUCGUUUAUACCGACCACGCGUCGUUACGCACUGCCGUAAACAGCCCGCAACUCUCUCAACGAAUGGCGAGUUGGCUUUCUUUCUUCGCAAAGUACAACUUCUCCGUCGAGUAUAAACCAGGACAACUUAAUGUCGUCGCUGAUGCUCUUUCGCGUCGGCCCGAUUUCAAGCCGACUGCUCAACCCAACAGAGGGGGUGAUCCCACUGUCGCGACACUAUCAGUGAGUGUUCCGUCGUCGAAUCUGCUCGACUACGUGCAAAAAGCAUACGCAGAAGACGAGUCUCUUCUGUAA